AUGGCCACCAAGCCCAGGAAGACCAGGGGCCGUCAAAAGGUCGAGCUCAAGAGGAUAGAGAAUGAGGAUGCUCGCUACGUAACCUUCUCCAAGAGAAAGCUGAGUCUCUUCAAGAAAGCUGCCGAGCUUGCCACCUUGUGCGGCGCCGAGAUAGCGCUUGUUGUGUUCUCCCCGGCAGGCCGGCCCUACUCCCUCGGCCUCCCCACCAUCGACGAGGUGUUCCGCCGAGUCCUCUCGAGUGGACCUGCCCAAGUGGGCUCCGGGAUGGCCGGCCACAGCGUGGUGAACCCCUCCGCCGAGCAGUGCUCCGAGGUAGCCAAACACUUGGAACAAGAGAGGAGCAGGAAGGCCGUUCUCGCAAAGAGGCUGCAGAUGGCGGCCGCCACCCAGGUGGGAAGGUGGGCUCGAUGGACUCGGGUGGGACGAGCUCCUGGCACAGGUUAA